AUGUCUUGGAUUGCUUUUCCCGCCCUUCUGAUACUCUUCUUUACCUCGUGUACGCCGAUUUCAGUACAAUUCAAGCCUUUUAUUCGCACUAUUUGGCCACAGCCCGCUGCUGCGAGUGCCUCGCGCGAUGGACUCCUCAGAACUGAUGAACUAAUCGUAUCAAGUGAGAAAUUCUUCAUCGAUCGUCGGGAAAAGACCGUAUUGCAAUGCGAAGCAUGCCUAGAUCCGGAUGACCUGGCGGAGGUGCGGCAGGUUACUUCCUGGGAGGCGUUCCGAAGCAAGACGCUCAGCGACACGACCCCGUUUGAGAUAUCACUCAUCGAACCAACGCUCUGCCACUUGCGCCAGUUCACAGACACGUUUGACACCACGCUGGCCGCUGGCCUCAGGGCAGACUUCUUUUGGGGAAUCCUCAAUCUGCUUCUCAAGGUUACAGCCGAGGAUCCCACAGCCCUCAACAGGAUCCCCAGAAUGAUCAAAUCCGUGGGCUACAAGGCAGAAGCUUUCAUGGCGCUAUAUGCGCUAUACGCAACGUCACUCGAAAAUCGGGGCAAGAUGAACGAGGCUUGCUUUGACAUCCAAGCCCAGCUGGUACGCUUCUUCACCGCUGCGAUCCAAUCUCUGCGCGGCAAAAAAGAGAGCACAACUACCCAUGACGAGGGCGAUUCCUGGCAGCUGCUUGAACGACGCUUUACGUCGACCAAACAGGAGCUCACCGAGACACUGGCGCGAGUGGAGGGGCUCGCUGCUGUUCGUAGCAGGGCCGACCACGGCAGCAGCGCGGCGACGACGCCCCGCCUCCGCUGCUUGAUGAUCCCGACCAGGGAAGUCCCCCGCUGCUUCCACAGGGCUGACAUGUUCGACAGGAUUGACCAGGCCCUGGGCGGAUCGGGAUCAAGUACCGCCUUUCGUUCGGUGGCGCUGUACGGGAUGGGCGGCAUUGGGAAGAGCUCCGUCGCGGCAAGCUACAUUGCGCGCAGGUUUGAGGAGGGCGAGUAUGACGCCGUCUUCUGGGUGUAUGGAGAAACAAAGGCAUCGCUGCGUCAGAGCUUCACGGAUAUUGCAACGCGGUUGAGGCUAGACGGUACAAAGCCAACUCUUCACGACGAUAAUCUUAUCCUGGUUCAGAACUGGCUUCAAUCGACAGAAUGCAAAUGGUUGAUUGUAUACGACAAUGCGGAAUCGGCUGAUCUACUGACGACCUACUGGCCGGAGACGAGCCAUGGCAGGGCGAUCAUCACCACCCGAAACCAUGCCCUGGCCUACGAACCUGCCUCUGCCGGCCUGGAGAUGACCUCUUGGGACGAGCGAGAGGGAUCCGAGUUUCUGUUGUUUCUUCUCAAGGACAGGAUUGGCAAGGACAUUGAGGCGGAAGGCCUCUCGGCAUGCGAAAUCUCCAAGAAGCUCAGCGGCCAUGCACUGGCCCUCUCCAGUGCGGCCGGGCUCAUCCAGAGACGAUCCUGGUCCAUUGCCGAGUACAUGCGCGUCUAUCUGGAGAACCCGAGAGGAGCCCAGGAAAACGAAAUGCAAGCUCUGUGGGACCUGACCUUUUCGACACUGGACAAGGACAGCCGAACCCUUUUGGGUAUUGCGUCCUUUCUUGUCUCGGAAUACAUCCCACAAGUGUUAUUCGAGUUGGGCGGUGAUGCUGACUUGUCAGACGACCUGCAAUUUUGCACCAAGGCCUCUAGGUCAGUAUGCCUUUCGCAACAUCGAAUGGGCCCGUGGCUACUGCACACCGGCGUCUCCGCGGCCAUCAAGGCGCUUUCGGCGCUUGCUCUCAUCAAGCAAGACACGGAUGCCCGCACAUUCUCCUGCCAUCGCAUGGUGCAGACGCAGUUCCGGUUGUACCUCCCCCUCGAAGAGCGACAGACGGCCUUUUACCAUGCAGCCGAUCUCCUGUACCGAGCGUUUCCCAAGCAGACGGAUGCAAACUCCCACCAGCUGUAUCGGCACUGGAACGAAUGCAAUCAACUGUUGCAGCACGUGCUCAGCCUCAAGGACAAUUUCAAGCAAGACCCCAACCUCUGCGACGGGUCCAAGGUCUCGACCUUUUGCGAGCUGUUGAGAGACUGCCAAAGAUAUCUCUUCGAAGCAAAUGCGCUAGACGACCUUGACGAUACUUGCAAAGUCAGCCUUUUAGCAGCAAAGGCGCUCGAUGACAAAGAGAAGGCGGCAGACCUCAUUGCAUGGACGCUCUCGAUGCAGGCCAACAUGUACGAAAGCAUCGGCAGGGUCGAAGAGGCGAUUGCGCUCAACCGGAGAGGCUACGAGAUGAGGCUCGGCGAGACGCCGCCCAAGGGCGGGCUGCUCGGCGGAUUCCAGCAAAACCUGGCCUACAACUACAACACGGCCAACCAGCACGAGACGGCGCUCGAGUGGUUUGAAAAGGCCAAAGAGCAGUGGACCGCGCAUAACGUCCAGCAAGGACGGGAAGCAGACUGGCCAGCAGUGACGAAGAAGAACACGGCGCGAUGCCUGGUCUACCUGGGCCGCCACUCCGAGGCCGAAACGUUGCUCAACGACUCUAUUGUCCAGUUCAAGGCGGAAAAGGUCUUGAACUGGGCCAUGCUUGCCUACGCAUAUUUCGUUCAAGGCACCCUGCAGCGCAAGACCAACAGGCUCGAAGCGGCGGAAGCCAGUUUCAUCGGGGCGCAGAACCUGUGGCUGCGAGGCGACCACACAAAACUGCAUCCAUUCUACGCCGGCUGCAUCUACAAGACCGGAGUGCUCUGCCUCGAGCAAGGCAAAGUCGCGGCCGCCGUGAAGUACCUUCGCGAAGCAAUGGACAUGACCAAGUUCCACGCCAAAGUCAUGCCUGUUGAGCACGCUCGCUGUCUAUUCAAGCUGUCAGAGGCUCUGGCGCAAGAUGGAUAUGCCGGCCACGCGGAGGAGGGCAGAGGCCUGCGAGACGAGGCGGAGAUGUUUCUGUCGCGCAGGGAUCCCCAGGCGACAGAGUUUGGCAAGGAAGAUUGCUAUGAUGUGUUUGUGCCCAUCUUUUGGCGCUAG